AUGACAAAUGGACGAUACAUUAUUCAAGAAUCUGUUUCUUCACUUUGUCUUCAACUUAAUAUUGUCUCAAAUAUUGUUGAAUUCAAAACAUGUAAUCCAUUGAAUCAAAAUCAAAUUUGGAAAUAUCCAAGUUCAGUUUUAGUUGAAAGUUCGAAAUCAAUUCCAUUGUUCCCAGGUGCAUGUUUAGAUUCACUUGGAUUGAAAUGUCCAACAACACUUCCAGAAGGUAGAUCACUCAAGACAUCAAGUUCAUCACUCACAAUCAACUCUCAAGGAAAUGGAUAUUUAUCACUUAAAUAUGGAGGUUCUGAAGUAUAUUCGGUGGGUGUAGCAUCAUCAUCAGGACCAUAUUCAAUAACAAUUCAAUCAGAUGGAAAUGUUGUUUUGAAUGGUAAAUCUGGAACAUAUGCAGCAGUUGGAUGUUGGAAUCUUGGAGGUCAAUAUCUCAAUCUUCUAGAUAAUAAUCUUUAUGGUAUUCCAUAUGGAAUGAUCGUUCAAAACAAUCAAAACAAGAUGAUUUGGUCGAAAUUAGGAUAUCCAACAUCAUUCAGGAUUGCAUUAAUUCCAGGUUCAUUCAUUGACAAGCUUGACACCACAAAUAAUUAUCUUGGAGUAGAUCAAUUCAUAACAAAUGGAAGAGAAUAUUUAACAAUUAGGAAAACAGCUUCUGGUGAUUCCUAUGGUGCAUAUUUAUUUCCUCAAAAUCCAAAAUAUUCAACAACAACUGUAUCAACUGCUCUCUGGAAAAAAGAAUUUCCAGAAGUAUUCAAAGAAGAUCUCAGAAUUUAUGUUCAUUACGAAGGUGACAAUACAACCUCAUUAUGUUUGGUCAACACUAUUCGAAAAAGUAUGAUAUGCGGAACCUUUUUUACUGGUAACACACCAAGCUUUGAAUCAUCUCGAUAUCUUCAACUUCCAGCACCAGGAAGUGAUAAAUCAACAGAUUGGGCAAUUGUAUUGCGUUCAGGAACAGGAUCUUUGACAUUUGGUUAUUUUGGAAAUUCAAAAACUUCUGGAAACUUUGCACUUCAACCAAGUGUAAAUAAUCUAUAUCAAAGUAGAUUCCUAAGUUUACAAAUCUCUCAAAACAAAUAUUCUCUUAAAAAUGUUUUUUCAAACCAAAUCAUUCAAGAAUCACCAGCAAACCUUCAACUUUGUGAAAAUGAUUUUAGACUAGGAACUUUUUCCAGAUAUAUAGUAAUGUAUGAUUCAACAACCACUUGUUCAAUCAAUGCCAAGACAAUGAUAAAUUCAAGAAUAUCAAGUUUAUCAAGUGGAUUACCUGUGAAUUUGACAUCGAUAGCAUUUAACGAGACAUUCAAUGAAGAAUUGUUUACAGGUUGUCUUCCACCGAAUCUAAAGAAACUGUUUACUGCCGACUUUCAUUUUCACUGUUCCUCUAUCUAUUCAUCUGAGUUGUGUGCAUCUGUUGAUCAAUUAUCUUAUGAUAUCUUCUCUUGUAAAUAA